AUGUCAGGGGACUCUCUGGCCGCUGGCUCCUUUGUGGCAGCAGACUAUGCCGUGUUCGCUCUCAUGCUCCUGGUGUCCGCAGCUGUCGGGGUCUAUCACGCCUGGAUGGACAGGGGACAGGCAAGCUUGGGGGACUUCCUGAUGGGGGGCCGAAGACUGACAGCGCUCCCCGUCUCCCUGUCCCUGACCGCCAGCUUCAUGUCAGCCAUCACAGUGCUGUCCAACCCAGCCGAGGUAUACCUCUACGGAGCCAGUAUCGGAUUUUAUGGUCUCUCCUACGUGAUGGCGAUGGUGGUCACAUCUGAGUUCUUUCUCCCAGUCUUUUACCGGCUGGCCAUCACCAGCACGUAUGAGUAUCUGGAGCUGCGCUUCAGCAGAGCAACCCGUCUGCUGGGAACCAUGCUCUUCAUUGUUCAGACGAUCCUGUACACUGGAAUAGUUAUUUACGUCCCAGCUCUUGCUUUAAACCAAGUAACUGGGAUGGAUCUGUGGGGGGCCAUUAUCUCCACAGGCGUGGUCUGUACCUUUUACUGCACGAUGGGUGGUCUGAGGGCGGUGGUGUGGACAGACGUGUUUCAGCUCGGUGUCAUGCUUGCAGGCUUCCUGUCGGUCAUCAUCAGGUCCGUAAUCGUACAAGGUGGAGUCCUCCCCGUCAUUUCAGAUUCACAGCAAGGAGGGAGACUCAACUUUGGGGACUUUGACACAAACCCUCUGAGGAGACACACAUUUUGGACCAUAACCAUUGGGGGGACAUUCGUCUGGGUCAGUAUCUACGGGAUCAACCAGGCCCAGGUUCAGAGAUACAUCUCCUGCAAGAGCAUCACUCAUGCCAGACUAUCUCUGUACAUCAACCUGGUAGGCCUGUGUGCCAUCUUGCUGUGCUCGGUGUUUGCAGGCAUGUGCCUCUUCUCAGUCUAUAAGGAGUGUGACCCAUGGACCGCCGGGCUGGUCUCUGCUCCUGAUCAGUUGAUGCCAUAUUUGGUGAUGGACAUCUUAGGAGACUAUCCUGGCCUCCCUGGCCUGUUUGUUGCAGCCGCAUAUAGUGGAUCUCUCAGCACAGUGUCUUCCAGCAUCAAUGCGCUGGCUGCGGUGACAGUGGAGGACCUGAUCAAACCGUACACGAACAUGUCUGAGAGACACCUGGCCAGGAUCUCCAAAGGACUGAGUCUCCUGUACGGGGUUGUGUGCAUUGGAAUGGCUGGACUGGCUUCACUCAUGGGAGGGAUCUUGCAGGCAACCAUCAGUAUAUUUGGGAUCAUUGGAGGUCCUCUACUUGGCGUGUUUACACUGGGUAUCUUCUGUCCAUUUGCCAACUCCAAAGGGGCUUUGUCAGGUCUUGUGUCAGGGUUGGUGUUGUCUCUGUGGGUGGGCAUCGGGGCCCAGAUAUAUCCCCCUCCCCCUGAGAUGAGCCGACCUCUGUCACUGACCACUGAGGGCUGUAACUUCACCGCCACGGACAGCCUCAACUGGACCUCCACUGCUCUGCCAACACAGCCAGCCUCCAUCACCACAGCCCCAGCACACCACAUAGACGGCAGCCCUCUGCUGGCAGACAGCUGGUACUCUCUGUCCUACCUUUACUUCAGUCCGAUUGGAACCAUCAUCACUGUCAGUGUGGGACUGUUAGUCAGCCUGCUUACAGGAGGCUGGAAGCUGAAGGUGGAAUCGAGGCUUACAUUAAUGAAAGAAGACACAACUCUUUAUCACCUAUUCAAGUUUUUUAAAGAGCGAGUCACGAGACGAACAGGAGAGUUUGACCUGACCAGGGACAGAGAGGAGAAAGCUGGCAGCACGAACCCUGCUUUCUGUGAUGUUGAGCUGGACUUAACAAAAGGCAGCGUUCCCACUUGAAAUGUUCGUGACAUGA